CUAAAGCUCAAUAAAGCAAGUCUGAUGUGCUCAAUACCAGGUCUUAGUAACCGCUAUCCUUACAUUCGUGCAUUACAAAGAAUAAAAAUAUGCGCCCCCCUCGUUAUCGACACCAAAAAUUAUCUAUUAAAAUACCAUGUCAUAAAGAAACGGACAAUUCUUCUUCCAGAUUUUAUUCUUCAUUGAUUAUACAUUCGUCCUUUCCCUCAUCUGCCUCUGCCUCAGUUGUAUUUGAUGAUGUGACCAUUUACUUA